AUGGAGCAGUUCGAGGAAACAAUAAGCAGAGAUAAGUCAGGUCAUUAUAGUACAAGCUAUCUCAGCAUGUUACGAGAGCAAGCGCAACGAAAUCACCAUGGAUCAAGAAGUAUGGUGAACAGGCAACCGCGAGAAGCAGAAUUAGUACUGAUUGCAGAGGACAGUACACCACUUGACAGAUGA